AUGAAACUCAAUUGCAGUCCGCCACCUCUGCGGCUAAUUCUCUCUAAUGUCUCGAUAAACCGCCACAGGAAGCAUUCCAUUGGGUUUCUUGGACAAAGGACUUUCUUCGGUGUCCCCAGCUUGUCUUCAUUCUCUCCAUUUUCAAACGAACAAGGCAACGGUAAUGGUAACGGACAUGAACAGACGUACCACGAGCGAAAGAUCCUCCCAUACUCACAGAAACAACUAUAUGAGCUUGUCGCGGAUGUAGACAACUAUCGUCACUUCGUGCCUUAUUGCACGGAAUCAAAAGUCCUUACUUCAAGACUAGUCAAUCCUCACGCAUCACAGAACGAAGGGAAGGUAGAAAAGAAGGAAGCACGCUUGACAGUCGGGUUCUUAGCGUUCAAGGAGAGCUAUGUGAGCGAAGUAACUUGUCGGCCUUACCUGUCCGUUGAGGCUGUCGCAUCGUCUGGAACACCGUUAUUCAAAAGACUUGUGACAACAUGGAGAUUCCAGCCCGCGGAUUCGUCUUCUCCGCAUCUCACACACGCAGGCGUUAGUUCGCACUCGUCCGCCGGGUCACCAUCUUCAGAUUCUCCAGCUAAUGGACCCACACUACUAUCAAUUGACCUUGGAUUCGCGUUUUCCAAUCCUAUAUACGCCGCUGCGUCUUCAGCAUUCUUCAAACAGGUUUCCUCGAUGAUGGUUCAGGCUUUUGAGAGGCGGUGCGUGGAAGUGUACGGACACGGCCGGAAGUAA